AUGAAUAAAGCAUUAUUUAUUACUUUAAUGUUGGUAGCUUUGUCAGCUGUCGCCGUCCAAUCAAAGAAGGUCGAAGCUGCUGGUCAAGAAUGUGGUUUGUGCACUUUCGUCGCCAACUACGUCGAUAACCUCGUCCAAACCAAUAAGACAAUCACAGAGAUCGAACAAGAGUUGGACAAUGUCUGCUUCUAUGUUUCCGCUGGCCUCCAAAAGGUUUGCACCACCUUGAUCAACAACUACUUGGAGAAGUUCAUCUCACAAGAGACCCCAACCGUCAUUUGCACUCAAAUCGGUUUCUGCCCAGCCGAAGAGAAGAAGAUGAUCAAGUCCGAUGUUCCAUGCGCCAUCUGCACCUACAUUGUCUCCACCGCCGAGUCAUACCUCGCCUCGAACGCCACUGAAUCAGAGAUUAUUGCCGCCCUCGAAAACGACUGUAACUCGAUCGGUAACGCUUUGUCCGAGAUGUGCAAGUCCUUGGUUGCCGAGUACGCCCCACAAAUCAUCCAACAAUUGGUCAACAAGCAAACUCCAUCCCAAAUCUGUGGAGAACUCAACAUCUGCACCAGUGAGCAAUCAAAGAAGUUCGCCGCUUUGGUCACCGUCGACGACGGUUUCGGAUGUCCAGUCUUCACCAACCGUUGCUCUAGAGGAAUCAAAUCGGAUUCUGAGAGUAACUCCACCACCACUUCAUCAUCAUCCUCCACCUCAUCUAACCCAACCUCAUCCAACCCAACUGCCACCUCAUCCAACCCAUCUGGUACCGCCACCGGUUCUGGUAUCUCUGGUACCGGUUCUGGAUCUGGUUCAGCCAUCUCUGGAUCUGGUUCAUCCUCUGGUGAAUUCUUUGUCAGCAACGGAUUCAACCCAAAGUCUACCAAAAAGGUCAGAGUUCAAUAA